AGGGUUCUUUAUCUUCUAUGUUUAUGUUAACAAUCACUGUUCAUUAUCUUCUAUGUAUAUGUCGACAAUCACUGUUUGUACUUUGUAGGUAUUUCUUGGAAUUGUGGCUCCUUUUGUUGCUUCGACACUGCACCUACAAGAUCUGCCCAUCCACUAUUCCAGUUUCAUUGCCAUAGUUUUUGGCGUCACGGGUAUAUAAACCCUUAAUGCCAUGGACACUCAAUAUUUCUCUACACCUCCUUCUAAAGGAACUACUUUGAAAUCUGGAAGCAUUACGACCCCAGGCUCAUCGCCUCUACUUCCGUCGAUAACAAGGCUAUGGAGGCCAUCAGCACAAAGGAACAUUAGGAAUCAAUGGUCGAAGUUGUCGUCACUCAAACAACAAUGGGCUUCUUCUUCUUCAAGCGGGCGAUCUCAUGCUACCUCCAUUGUCAAUGCUUAUUUGUCUGAAAAGUACAUGCCUUCUAUGGAGCUGGGUUCUCUCAACGACAUGAUUGAUAUACGAAACAAAGCUUGUUUGAAAUUGUCUAAGCAGCAGGAACUUUAUCGAAGUAAACUCUUAUCUUCUUACAAGGAAAUGGUUGAUGUUGUAGUUCAGAUGGUAAAUGCAAGCAGACUAAUGAAGUGUUAUUUCAAGAGAUCAAGUAGUAGUUCACUCAUACAAUUUUCAACUAGCUCUGAGGACAAUCACAAUGAAGAUGCCGGAGAUGGUGGUGGCGUCUCAGUAUUUACAUUAUUGACAAUCCCUUGCUUUGAGAAAUUGGCAGAGGAGCUUGUUCAUAUGUUUGGGUUGGAGCUGAAUCUGAAGCGUCUGCUUUUGAUGGAACUACUUUCUCUUAGUUCUGAAUCCUCAACCAAAAGCUUGGUCUGGUCGGAAGAGCUUUACUCGGGGGAAUUCAACAACUUGCGUUUGUGCAACUUGUGGUCCAAGGAAACCAGCGAGCUGCUCCAUCCAACCUUGAAGGGUCAUGAAUGCAGUACACCUAUUGUCAGUCGUACCCAACACCCAAAUGCAGAAGUUUUGCAGGUUUAUCUUGUCACAUGGCUUGCAGAUGUGAACAUACACACAAAAAGAGUAGAUGAAAUAUUUGAAUUGGUUAGUGAGGAGAUUCAUGUCAGCCUAUCCUAGGAGGAUAGAUAGGAAUGCUUAAUUUCCUCGUGAUAUUGAAGCUAUGAAGGAGCUGUGAUUCUUCGUCGUGUAUCGACCAGCAUUGGGGCGUGCCCCUAAAGAAAGAGGAGAUGGUUUGUGAGAGUUCUAAAUCGAACUCUCAUAAAGGUUUUGGGAGGAUUGUUGUUUAUGGCAGGAAUAAACAACCAUUUAUGCUUAAAGGGUUUGUGCAGUUCGUUUUCCUAUCAAUAGGGCUAAGUCCACCCAUGCUUGUUAUUCAGGUCUGUUUGAAAUGAUUUUUUAAGUGUGUAAAAAUACUUUUUUCACUUAAAAAAUACUUGUUCAAGCACUUAAAAAGUCAUUUCAAACAGGUUCUUAUUUAGUGAUAGUAUAGCUUAAAUCCUUAUUUGAUUAGGCAAGACUAAAAAUGGCUAAAGAAAAUCUUUAUUAUCUAAAUUUGCAGUGUUGGGUGUAUA